AUGUCCGACCACAAGCUCCUAGCGAAUGUGACUCUUGCCCCACUGGGGGCGGAAGAUACCUUGACUCGUCAGAUCACUCUCACUACCAUCGAAGAUACCGCCAUCAUCGGGCGCUCGUCAAAGAGAGGUGCCAAGGGUCGUAUCCCCGACCAAGAUAAUGGAUGGUUUGAGUCUCGUGUCAUGUCCCGCGACCAUGCGGAACUCCAUAUGGGGCCUGGGAUGAAUGUCAACAUCGAAGACCUCGGCUCGACCCACGGUACCUGGCUCAACAAUAAACGGUUGGGACACGGGGAUGCGAUCCCCGUAUUCACUGGAGAUGUUAUUCGAUUCGGCGUUGAUGUGGAACGUGGUGAAGAAGUUUUCCCAGCUCUAGUUGUUCGUUGCAAGGUCGACUUCACCAAACAGUAUGCCAUUCCCUGGGACUGGUCUUCCCGGGUCGAUACUGAUCCUCUAUGCAGAGAUGUUCCCCAAGAUAUCGAAAAAAACCAGCCUGUACUCACAUCUGCUCCACGCCAUACCUCAACCAACACCUUCUGCGUGCCUGAGGACGACAGCGAUGUGGAAGAAAUCCCUAAUCCGAAGUCUAUCUCGACCACAACUGAUUCUGCGGCCAUGAUCACCCCUCCACUCACCUCUUCUGAUAUUCUUAACACCCUUGAGCACGUUGAUUGCCAUCCUGGAGAUCCCAGGAAGCCACUUCUGCCCCGCCAGCUGAUAGGUGUCGCCCCUUCAAAUGGUAUGCUACCAUUGGAGCCUUGCCCAGUGUAUGACCCGAACCCCGACAAAGUGAACUGGUUAUCAUACAAGGGUGACAUGUUCCCCAAUGUUGACCGAGGGCUGGAUGAGGAUUUGGAGGAAGAGAGUGACGAAGAUGAGGACGGUUCCGAGAUGGACUCGGAUUCCUCGUCAGAUGACUCUAACGCCGAAGCCGAGCAGGAGAAAUCCAAGACUUCUUUGUUUGUAGCUCAUGACGAGCUCAAUGCCGACUCCCCUUCUGAUGCUGGGUAUGCUUAUGACUCCGAUUUGGAAUGUCCAUCAGAUGUCGAUUGGCCUAAGGUUGCUUCCGAUGUUGAAUCCGCUUGUGACGCGUCCGACAAUUCGGACGAUGAAUCAUAUGUUGAAGAUGAGAACGAGAAGGAAUUCAUCGAUCCAUCUCUCUUGGCUCAGUGGCCUGUAUGUGCACCCAGCAAGGAUGUGCCUAGUUUGAACCCGGCCUCCUUCCCUCCAAAGUAUUUUACAGACAAUUCGGCGCCACAAUCCAGUUUCAGCCAAUUCAAGCGUGACUCAACUGGGCUGAAUCCCCCCACUAACGAUGUGAAGCAUCAUGCAUCAGACUUGCAUGACCUUCAUGUACGAUUCCCAAGGUGUCCCAUCAAAUCUCUGCUGAAUUGUACACCUGUGCAAAGCUCGGUCAAGGGAGUUGACGUCCCCCCUCGUCAAGCUUAUCCGAGUCUCCCUAGUGGCCAAGGCUUUUAUCUUGAUGGGCCAUUUUCCUGCACUGAUAUUGUUGACAAAGAGGUCAAUGAGGAUAAUUGGGGAAGUGGCUGGGAUGACUUAACCAAAGUGUCUCUGAAGCGCAAGGCUCAUGAAAUGGAGACACAAGAUGCCCAGCUUCCAGAAACCAUUCCAGAACUUAUUCCAGCAUCUUCUCAGGAAUCUAGCCUGAACUCCAUUCAACAAUCCGAAAUUACCACUGCCAUUACCUCUGCCUUAUCUGAGGUUGAGCCCCCUAGCAAACGAGUCAAGUCAUCACACUCAUCCAGCCUAGCGACCUACACAGCUACUGCGGUCAUCAGCGCAUUGUUGGGUGGACUUGGAACCAUAGCUCUUUUGGCAGCUUUACCCGCUGAAUACUUCCAGUAG